GGAACUGCGCUCUGCUCGGGCUCCUGCCUCAUCAGCCGCUUCUCAGUGCCCAGCUCCUGCGGGCUGCUCUUACUGGGGGCGAGGUAACAGCCCAGAGCUCCAGAGCGCGGAGUCAGGCUGUGAAUCGACUUCGAAGAGUUCGCCUUUGGAGGGAGCGUCUGAAGCUGGAAUGGAAGUUACCAAGGACUCGCCAGUUCCCUGUGCAGACGGGCGCUGUGCCGUGUCUGUGUGCUCUCUGCCCGCGCUGCUGCCGGUCUGUCCAUCCCGAGGCGGUGAUGUCUGAGAUAAAUGACAGCGAGGGUCACCCAAGCAGCAGCCACCAAACCCUGAAAGGAACCUCAAAAUGGGCCACGUCGCUGGAGAACCUCCUCGAGGACCCCGAGGGAGUGAAACGCUUCAGGGAGUUUUUAAAGAAGGAAUUUAGUGAAGAAAACGUUUUGUUCUGGCUAGCAUGUGAAGAAUUUAAGAAAACACAGGGAAAAAAACAGAUGCAAGAAAAAGCUAAGGAGAUUUACAUGACCUUCCUGUCCAGUAAAGCUUCCUCCCAGGUCAAUGUUGAAGGGCAGUCCCGUUUGAGCGAGACCAUCUUAGAGACACCUCACCCCCUCAUGUUUCAGAAGCUCCAGGACCAGAUAUUCAACCUCAUGAAAUACGACAGCUACAGCCGCUUCCUGAAGUCAGACAUAUUCCUAAACCAUCAGAAGUGUGAGGAGCAAGAGGAGAAUUCACCAGAGGCUCAGACUGCAGCCAAAAGAGCAUCGAGAAUUUACAACACAUGAUACAACGGGUCUCUUCAGGAGAGGCAACACAGUAAUGGAAUCACACUCAGGAACAGUCUAGGGUUAGAGCAGCUGCAUUUAGGGCUUGGAAAGCUCCAAACCUUUUUAGGAGAUUUACCUUCUUAAUUGCUUGAAUGACUAAUUGUUUUUGCAUGAUAGCUAUUAACCAAGCACCCAUGGAAAGACUGUUUCCUGGAUAAAAGGCUGAGGUGUUCCUCCAGAGCAUGACUUGCCAUCCAUAUUUCACAGGUUAAAAUGCUUUCAAUUCUUGUGUUUUCUUUUGUCACCAGUGAUGAUGAGAAGUGGGAGACAGGGUGGUUGUUGUUUUAUUUUUGCCUUGCAAUUUUUAUUUGUGACUAGCUUUUACACCCUGAACUGCUGGGAGAAGCUACUGAGGAGUGCAUUUCACAUUACUUUGUGGAUGAGUCAUUCAUAGCAAAUCCAAUCACCAAGGGACAGCAUCUUUCAUAUUUAAGUUCAGUAGAAUCCAAUCCCUUCCUAUGUAACUUUCUUUCAUGGUGAUACCUGUUUAGCUUUGCCUUCAUUGUUCAAUCAAAAUACUUCUCUAGUCAUGAUUUUAAUUUCUGUAUUUCCUAAUUUCCCCCCCUUUUUUUUUCCUUUUUUUUUUCCCUUUUUUUGGCAGUAGACAAUCACUUUCUUCAGAAGGUGGAAUAAUCUUUAUUCCCUUGGGAACAGAAGCCCUAAAAUAGACAGAGUCUCUGCAGAACUUCAGACUGCCAUUAGGAAACGUGACAGUAAAUAUCCCACUAGGGCACACUGAUUCCAGCAAACCUUCCCUGGGGCAUGUCCUGCAUGUCAGUGGAACAUCAGUGCUGGGAAGCAUCUGGUCUCUCCCAGGUCUCCAGGACAAUCCUGCUCUUUGCAGCAAGAGCACUUUGGCAAAGGACCAACAAACCAAAUCUGGUUUUGUUUUACUAAAAUCUCUCCACUGAAGUCACCCUGCCUUCUUUUGUUUGCUCCAGAAAAGUAUUUCAGGGUUUUUUUUUUUUCCCCUAAUUGUGACUUUUUGGAGAGCUGCAGUGGAACAGGGGGUUGGCAUUGGGGUUCAGCCAUUCUCACACCAACUUGAGAGGAAGGGGAAUUUAUUUCUGCCUGGUGCCAUGAAAGAUGAAAUGUCAGGGUGGGUAAAAGAAGACACUCCCCAUGAGCUCCCAUGUUGUCCUGGGAAUGUGUCAGAGCUGCAAAGCACAUCUUGGGGCACAGUUUUUCAGGUGUUCAAAUAUUUUUUUUUUAAUUAUUUCAUUUUCAGUGUUAUUGAAUUGCAGUUUAAGUUGGGAAAGUGUAUUAACCACUCACUCUAUUUACAAACCUCUCAGUCUGUAGUUUAGCUGUUUCUCUCAUUAUUUACUUUCUCAUUUUUUUUGCACCACUUGUCUUGAACUUUUGUUUAUGUGCUGGCUAAUCUCAAUGCACAGUUAGCUUUUAAACAUUUUAUACUUCUUUUUUUGUCAGAAAGGCCAGAUAUGUUUUGCAUGUUACUGUCACCAUCAGUGUUCUAAGCUAAAUCUAGGCUGCCAUUAUUGAGAAUGCAAACUCACUUUCUAGACUUGAUUAUUCCUCUUUAACUCUGAGCCACUCUUUCAGGUGAUGUACAAAGAAAGUUGUUUCCUUGGGCUUUUCCCUAGUUAGAUGUACAAGUGGGAAUGGAAGUUCUGAUUCUUCCCCCAGAGCUACAUGCCCUGCUCGUUUGUAGGAAAUCAAAGGAGAGGUCAGUGCCUCCAUAUGCUUGUUGUAAGGUGUAAUUCUUAUGCACUGAGUUAUUUUUCCUUUUAUGCUCUCAAAAGAUUUGGUGGUGAAGUCAUAUUUCUUCAGGCACUUUCUGUGGCAUUUGACCUCAUGUUUAAGCUGUAUUUCAAUGUUUUAUCAAAUAGGGAUGAAUUAAACACGUGCAUGAAGCUAUUUUUUUUAUUUUUUUUUUUUUUUCUGAGGGGUCCUAGGAAAUGGGACCAUCCAGUUCUGGACUUGCCAACUCUUUGUAAUUUCAGGAUUACCUCUUCUGAAAAUCCACUGUAAUAACGAUCUCUUAGUGCCUGCACAGCACAGGAUGGAACUUCUGAUAGCUUUGAAUUCCUUGAGAGUGAGCAGUUUAACCAGCUUAGGAGUUGGGAUUUGUCUCUCCCCAGUAUUUGCUGCAGAAGUUUUAGUGGUAUUGAAAACUUCAGGAGGGGGAUCUUCAUGGGAAAAAUGCAGAAUGAGCUCUUACCACAUUCAUCACAUGGAUGCACAGCAGAUUCAUUUUUAAUCAUAUUGAUUUAAAAAAUGCAUGAAAAAGGGAGAAGAGUCUUUGACUAUCAUGUCUUAAAAUAAAUAUAAAGAAUAAAACCAGGAGCUGUAUGAACAAAGGUAGGGCAUUAAAGAGAGAAAAUAUUUGUUUGUAGCUGCUUAUAAACAACAUUUUCCUUGGCACUGUGCUGCCUACCAGGUGCUGUCUUUGCUUGUUAAAAGCAAGUGCCCCAUAUGAGUAGACACCAAGGUGCUUUACACUAUUGCCAGACUAAAGUUACUCAAAUGGAAAUGUAUUUUUAGCAGCAUCUCAAUACCUGUGAUGUUUAUUUCAAUACCUGUUAUGAUUCUAAUAUGCCUAAAUCCACAAAAUGCUUAAUCUUUGAAUUGCUCUUUUACCUCAGAGGUAAAAAGUGGAUUGCCCCAUUGGCUGGCUUGUUUGUGGUAUCUGGUUUUGUUUUAUUUUCUUUUUUAGAACAUCAAGAAGUAGACUUGCAAGGUACAGAAAUCAAAGACCUUUUCCUAUUCAUUAGAUUAUCUGUAUUUUUCAGUAAACAGUAACCAAAUUAAAACCUAGCAAGCAGAUGUCUGUAAUUGCAACUUGUAUCUGUGUGGAGAAAGUUAUUUUACUUCUGUUGAUUUUGUCACUGGCCAAACUUACUUUGGGAAAUAGAUGACAUUUGCUCUAUGUGGCAUAGAACAAAACACACAGAUAGAAAAAGAACUGCUUCCCUACAAGUAAAUCCUGCUUUCCAGGAACAACUGUAAGCGUUGCAUAAAACCUCAGGCUGUAAGUGGGUGCUCAGUUGCUUUGUGUAGAGAUUAAAGAUAGGAUCUGCUGCUCUUCAUAGAACUUACACUGAAGGUAUGAGCACAAAAAAAACAAGCUGGAGAAGUUUAGUGCCUGAUUGCAUGCCUUGAACUCUACCUUGUUUUGUGUUUCUCAGCUAAAAAAAUUAAAAUACUCUACCAAUACACCAUA